UAAACUAGCGUGUCGGCCGGUGCAUUACUGUCAGUCGACAAGAGUUCUAUUCGAAAAUGCUACUGUACCAACUCGUUUGCAAAGCCUUAGAAAACUGUAUUGAUCGCGGCGGACGCAUGCGUGCGGUAUAAUUGGAUCACAUGCGGGAGUAUAAUGUGCAUCGGGGAGACAGCAGUGGAAACAACUACGCUACAUUCGCAGUGCACGGUCCGAACUCAAGUGGUUGCGGUGCCAAGAAUUGUUCGUCGUCAGACACGUGUCCCAAAGUGAUCGUGACAGAACCGCGCCUGACAUCCUCGACCGAACAUUUUCUUCACCACUGAACGGUAUAUACUGCAAUUGUUUGACUAUUACGCGUUGCUAUUGUUAAAUUCGACGAGACCUCGAUUAUUAUAUUUGCGACUGGAUUGGUAGAACCGGAAGCCGAAGAACAUUCGCAAAAUUGCAGGUAGAAUUCCAAUAGCCUUGGCAUGCUUGUUGCUCGAUAUUGCAUCCGCCUCAUCGCCACCUCCACAAAUGUUUGUGGAAGAUGGUAGACGUGACAACGGCUUUACCAUCCACCGGUGGAGCGACCCUAAUUGGGCGUACCAGAGGUGCACUCAAGUCUGUCAGGUCCGCGCUGGGAGGCAGCGGAGAGUAUCUUCAGGGUCUGGGGAACAGGAUAGGCUCGGCUCUAAGUAGCAGUUUAGAAGAAAGUGAAAUGACCACGACCCCGUCGACGCCGCCCUCUUCGCCGCAAGCACCACCUCAGACUUCUAAACAGGAGGACCACCUGGCCAGAAGGAAAUUGAGGCUCCCCAAAUUCGGGGCUGGAUUAUCGUACGAAGAUUACGAGGCAAUGGCAAGGCACAAAUUGGAGCGUCAGGGUAGCGCGAAUAUGUCAAGGUGUUCGAGGAAGUACCCGCCGGGCAUGACGUACGAGGAAAUAGCAUCCUCGAGAUCAGCCACGAACAAAAAACAGGACAAUAAAAUCGAGGAAGAUAAUAGCCCGGAUAGAGACAGCCAGGAGAGUAUAGAACCACUAGAGGAAAAGGAUAUCAAAGCCACAGGACCGGAUCCAUUUGAUAAAUUAAAUUACAGAGCAGCCAGGGCCCCGACCCGCUAUCAGACGGUCGUUUUUCGUUUAGAUAUGCCUUGUAGCAGCGACUCGACGAGCGACCAAGAUGGCUACGGACCUAGCACGAGUCUAGAUUCGAAUAUGGACGGUCGCAGAAUGUGGCAUAGAUCAGGCUCAUCGGGAUCAGUUCAAUCUUGGGCUUCCAGUUUGUCGGCAGACAGCCAAUCGGAAGAGGCUGCUGCAGACUUCAUGAAAUCGUUUGUACCUCUUCUGUUCGAUGCUCCGAAUACCAUCGAGCAAGAACAAAAAGCAAAUUUUGGACAAAUGGUUCUCACAGAAUCUGGUAGAAUAUGGUUCUCUCGGGUGGUAAAUGCAAGAAGGGCCCGUCCUUGCGUCACAGAAGCUUCAUUUUAUUCCUUAGCGCAACAUUUCGCAGUGGCGCUUUUCGAAUGCCAUGAGGCUGAUGAUUUUGCACCAGCAAAAAGUCUUAUGAAUAUGUGCUUCACGUUCUAUCACGAAGUUGAAGUACCGGGCCUAGAACCGUAUCGAGAAUAUUUGUACACGCAUCUACGGGUGCAACCUAUUUGGACAUCGAUGAGAUUCUGGACUGCAGCAUUUUUCGAUGCAGUGCAAUGCGAAAGAGCUUCGAAACCAGUUCCGCCGAGACCUAAAUCUCUUGAUCAGGAAGCCAUCGCUGCCGAAGAUCGCAGGUUCCAGGCGAACAUCGUGUUCGGUCAAUUAGGAACAUUCACGUGUAAUAUGCACGCAUUCGGCCUAUCACGAACUCUGUGCUUAGAAUUUCUUAGGAAGCAGUGUGUAAUUGCUAAUUUAACAAAAGACCAAGAGAAAAUGUUACGUGACAACAUAGAAAGAAUGUAUAACGAGACGGAACCAUGGCGGUAGUUACGUUUAUCCAAAGGUUCAUUAGUUGCGAUUUGCGGACAACAUCCACGCGGAGUCAAUUACAAGGCAACUCCAAUAUGAAGGGAAACAUUCGAUUGUUAAGAGAAAAUGUCAAUUUCAAUGAGUGAUUACAGUCACAACUGGAACGAAACAAUGUAAAUUAAUCCUGAGUUUGAAGUGCAGAAGGUUCCUAACAUUUUACGUGUAUAGAAUUAUGGAAAUUUUAUUAAAACUAGAAUCUUUAAUCAACUAUGAAAGUCGUUUCAUGAUUUUGAAUUAGAUUUCACUUAUUAUUAAGUAAUAUUUAAUUAUUAACAAGUUCAGACUCGCUUUUAUACUACUGUUUGUAAAAAUGAAUUUAACCGAUUGUCUUGCUUAAAAUUUGACUAACCAUUUAAUUAAAUCCCAAGAAUUCGAGCCACGCGAUAGACGAACGAAGAAGAAAUCUUGAAUCGACAAUUCUGGAAUAAAGAGGAUCGACGACAUUAUUUAAACAAAGGAUAAAACUUCCAUGUCCCGAAUUUACGUAAAUUCUAAGUAUAAACGGACAAUAAAUUGCGCGAAUUAAAGACGUAAUGAUAAUUGUUUCAAAAUAAUAAUCGACGAUAAAAUAUAUUUCUGUAUCAGCGAUAAAUAAGAUGAAUGCUUCUCUGAUCACUGUACAUGGUUUUUUGUGAUAUCACGAUUUAUGGUGUUCGACAAAUGAUGGCUAAUUGAAAACAAGAUUUGCAGCUUUCAUUAAAUUUUUUAACAUUAGAUAGCGACAAAUUAGAUUAUUAAGUAUUUACCAGGGCAACGGAAAUUUAUAAAAUUAUUAAUAUUAUGCAAGAGGCUUCAAAUAAUAUAGUUAGCAUAUAAAUAUUUAUUGACGAUGUUAUAACAUUACGUUCUAGUAAAAAGAUUUUACAAAUAUCUAAAUUACAUUACGCAAUUUUAUCUCAGAUACUAAUUUUAACAGUUUUAUUGAAACACUGCUAUAAACAUAAACUUCACAGAAAUAAGACAAAUUACUAUACUGUAAAGCUACAUACAUACUCCUAUAACGAGGAGCAAAAAUGUUCUUAUGUGGUUAAUUCUGAAUAUAAAUUUAUUACGAGCUAAGCGUGUUCUGUGAUCACUAUAACGUUAUCCUUUUCUAAACAUUUAUCAACAACAUAUGGUAAGCAAAACUUCUUUUGCAACACUCAUGUAAAUACAUAAAUCACAAGUGUAUAUUUAAAGACAUAUCACUGAAUCAAAACAGCACCGUACUUUAUUUUGUAUAUUGGUCUGCACGUCAUUGAAAGAUUGUUAGCGAACAAAGAGAACGAUUAAUAAACCUCAUGGACAUGAAAA